AUGGGCCGCUGUGAUUUUGAGAGAAAUUCGGAGACUGUUGGGUGGUUAUAUUGUCCCUCUGUGGAGGCUGCCAUUCUGUUUACCUCGCUCUAUGCAGUAACUUUAUUGGCUCAUAUCGUUCAAUGGUUUACAUGCCGAAAGAAAUUUUGCUGGGUGAUCGUAAUGGCCGUCUUAUGGGAAACUGGAGGCUUCGCAAUGCGCGUAGUUUCCGCGAAGAAGAUAUAUGGUCUAUGGCACUUCAUCCCACAACAACUAUUGAUCAUUCUCGCCCCUGUUUGGCUAAAUGCUUUUGUGUAUAUGGUCUUGGGGCGGAUGAUCUAUUUCUACAUUCCGGAGAAGAAGAUCUUCGGUAUCAGCGCUCAGCGCAUUACGCUUGUGUUUGUACUGCUGGAUGUGUUUUCCAUGUUCGUGCAAUCGUCGUCUGCAAGUUUGAUGUCAUCCGACAGUUCGAACGUGGCCAAAAUGGGCGUCAAUAUUUACAUGGGCGGAAUCGGUCUCCAAGAAUUCUUCAUAAUCAUGUUCCUUUUCCUCGCCGGCCGCUUUCAGUACCUAAUGAACAAGAUCGAAGUAUACCAACCACAACACCUCCCCUGGCGCCGCCUCCUCUACACCCUUUACGCCGUGCUCCUCCUAAUCACCAUCCGAAUCAUUUACCGCCUAAUCGAGUUCUCAAAGGGUAUGGAAACCGGCUUGGCCACGAACGAAAAGGCCUUCUACUUGCUGGAAGCCGUACCUAUGUUUUUAGGUUUCGUUCUGUUUAACAUCGUGCACCCUUCGAUUGCGCUAGUGGGGCCCGAGAGUGAGUUCCCGAAGAAGGACAAGAAGGAAAUUAAGCGGAAGAAGGCGGCGAAGAAGGCGGAAAAGAAGGCGGAAAAGGCGGCGGCGGCUGCGGGUCGGUCGAAGCAUUCGUGGAAACAUCUCGGCCGUCGUGUCAAUGAUGUCGAGUCGGGAAGUGAUUUGGAAACCGAAGGGUUGCGGAUGCAGGACGGUUUACGGAAUUCCCAGCGGUAUGACCGUUCAUUCGUUUCUCCAGUGCCAUCGGAGUAUCCGCAGGCACAUUAUCACCGAUGA